AUGCUUUCCGUGGAUGACCUCAAGACUGGAGGGCCGAUUCUCUAUGGAGGUGCCCUCCUAACUGCUAUAUUAGCAGUUCGACAAAUUGUUGCCUCACAGCAAAAGAAACUACCACUGCCCCCCGGUCCCAAGGGUUCAGCAAUUGUGGGAAAUAUUAAUGAUCUCCCACCACCCGGCCCUCCGGAAUGGCAGCACUGGCUCAAACACAAAGACCUUUAUGGUCCGAUCAGUUCUAUAACUGUUCUGGGGCAGACAAUAAUCCUGAUCCACGAUUUGGAUAUUGCAGAAGAGCUCUUGGUUCGACGGCAGUCCAACUAUUCCUCUAGGCCACAUCUGUUUUUCGCUGGCGAAAUGUGCGGCAUGGGUCAUAUCGUUACUUUCCAGGAUUACAACAAGAACUUCAAACAACAACGUAAACUCGCAGCAUGGCAGAUUGGCAGUAACACUGCUAUACGGAAACUUCAUCCAUUAAUCCACACUCACGUCCAGCGAUUCUUGUUCCGGACCCUGAGUAACCCUGAUAAAUAUGUAGCCAACUUACAUGCUACCUCGAGUUCCAUUGUAUUGGAUACCUUAUACGGAUACAAACCGAAUCUCAACGGUUUUGACCCCCUCAUCAACCUCGUCGAUAGAAUGAUGUCGGCAUUUAGCGAGGCUACAGCAGCCGGUGCUUGGAUUGUCGACAAUAUCCCUUGGCUACGGCACUUCCCAGAGUGGCUACCUGGUAUGGAAUUCAAAGGCAUUGCGCGCGGCUAUAAUAAAACGGUUACAGAUACAACAAACGUGCCAUUUGAGUUCGUCGUUCUACAGAGAAAACGUAGCGAGAAUAGGCCUUCGUACGUUUCCGGGCUGUUGGAUAGACACGAAAAGAAAGUUUUGAAUGAGAAAGACCGAGCAGAGGAAUGGAAACUUAUCAAAGAUAGUGCCAUUUCAUUGUACGGCGGUGGCUCAGAUACCACGGUUGCUGCUCUGGCUUUUUUCUUCCGAACUAUGAUGUUCCAUCCAGAAGUGCAGAGGAAGGCGCAGGAGGAGAUCGAUCGCGUUAUUGGAAACGACAGAUUGCCAGGAUUUAAUGAUCGCGUGGACUUGCCAUAUGUAGAGGCUGUGUUCAAAGAGUCGCUACGCUUCAACCCGAUCGUACCAGCCGGCUUUCCUCAUACAGUCGAUACCGAAGACGAAUACGGCGGAUAUCGCAUUCCAAAGGGAGCUAUUAUUGUGCCCUCUAUUCACUGGUUUUCUCGAGACCCAAAAACCUACACCGACCCAGAGACUUUCAACCCUGAGAGGUUUCUCAAGGAAAAGCCCGAACUCAACCCAAAGAAAUUUGUGUUCGGAUUCGGAAGAAGGAUUUGUCCAGGGCAGCAAUUGGCGGACGCUAGUACUUUCCUAACUAUCGCCCAGACUCUUGCCGUCUUCGACAUCAAGAAACCGGUAGAUCCGGUUACUGGACUCGAGAUUGAACCAGAGAUGGGGGCGACAUCAGGGACCGUUUCACACCCGCAUCCAUUCCAGUGCUGCUUUGUACCAAGAAAUGAGAAGUGCAGAGAGUUGAUUUCAAGAGCCGAGAAAGAUAUUAUUGCAGAGGGAGAUGGUGAUGCGAAAGUUAUUGAUGAGCUGGUCCAUUGA